AUGGCAACCACUCAAGAGAUCCAUGAUCGCAAACCUAAAGGCUCCGACGUUACUCUCUUUGACAAAGUAUCCUGGAGGGUGAACAGCUCUUGCAUCAAGCGGACGCUGUGCCACUAUGAACGCCAAAUAACCACUCAAGGUGACCUCUAUAUCCCCCCGACAACUUUUCCACAGCGAUUGCGGACGGAUGAGGCCGUCUUACAAUACCUAUUUGCCAAGACUGACAUACCUCUUCCUCGUUCGCUAUGCGCUUUCGAAUCGAUAGGGGCGUUCUUUCAUCUUACUGAGCAUGUAUCCGGCAUUGCCAUGAGCGACCUCAGCGAGCCGAACAAACAAUUCGUUAAGCAGCAACUUGUCCAACAUGUCAAAGCCCUACAGAACCUACACUCAGACACUCCUGGAGUUCCCGGCCAGCAGCUGCUCUGCCCUCCGCUCCGAGUCAACGCCGGCAAGUGGAGAGUGAAUAGCUGCUGGAAGCCGCGAGCAGACCUCCCGAAAGAAGACUACGUCUUCUGCCACAAUGAUCUGAGACAAGAUAAUGUCAUCGUGAACCCCAUGUCGUUGAAGAUUGUGGCCAUCCUCAACUGGGAAUCUGGGGGCUUUUGGCCUAUAUGGUUCGAAAUGGCGUUUUGGGAACUUGCCGGACCUAACGCCAUGUUGGAGGGAGAGGCCGAUAACACGGAACGAUGUAGGGAGUGGCUCUUGAAGAAUUGUGAGGAAGUGGUGAUGCCACCUUUGCUACGGCAAGAUCAAUAA